AUGAAGGAGCGAGAACAGAAAGAAGACGCGACGUUCGAGGGCUGCGAGCCUUCGAGGUUGAGGAAGGCACUACUCAAAUUAACGUUCACUUGGGCAACGUUUAUUAGCAGACUCCGUUCGAUAUCGGAGGCCUGUUUGGAAUCCGACGAAAUUACCGAGCAGCUGUUUGAUGACGACUCAGACAGCAACUCCACCCGCGUCCAAGAAUACGAACCGAUUAAACCUUCUCAACUCCAACGAGAUGUAUUGGAAAAUAAGCUCGCGAACGAUGAUAAGGAAACGUGCUCCACGAGUUCUCCUUUCACAACGACACGAUUAACGUCGCCCCAGAGCAGCGCUGUCAGCGGAGGCGAUGAAUCCAACGCUACCCCAGAUAAGGAGGGCACCCUCACACCGUUUUGUGGGGGAGAGGAAUUAUGGAAGAUACAGAACCAACAAUGGUUGAAGCCAAUCGCGGAAUACACCACUUUAGAAGGAAAACUGAAGCUACAGAAGAGACUGCGUUCACAGGAUCUCAAGCAUUACGUGUCGUCGAAAGAUUAUCAUAUAAUAUAUCGCAAUUUGGUCAUUGACGGAAGGAGUCUUAAGCAGCCCAUGAAUUUGAGAGACUUGUUGCGCGUCGUUGAGGCUGGCUGGGAAUGGAGUCGGGUACAGGAAGGUUGUCACUAUCCCCAGAGAUAG